AUGGCCGGAUGCGAGUUGAUCUGCAUGCUUAAUGCCUAUCAAGGCUACCACCAGGUGUCAAUUGCGCGCGAAGAUCAGGAGAAGGUCAGCUUUGUCACUGCUGAUGGGACGUUCUGUUACAAGGUAUAUGUCGACGACAUCCUCAUUAAAUCUCUCCGAUCGGCCGACCUCUGUGCAGACGUAGAAGAAACCUGCCAGACGCUGAGGACCUACGGGAUCAAGCUCAACCCGACCAAGUGUCUGUUCGGCGCUAAGAGCAGGCGUUUUUUGGGCUACAUCGUCACCGAGCGAGGAAUCGAGGCGAACCCCGGCAAAGUAAAGGCGAUCCAGGACAUGCCACCGCCCCGUAAUUUGAAAGAAGUACAGAGGCUGACCGGCAGAAUCACGACCCUAUCGAGGUUCAUCUCCAGGUCAUCCGACCGGAGUCUAUCGUUCUUUAAGAUAUUACGAAGAGCGACCAAGUUCCAAUGGGACAGUGAGUGUGAUCAGGCCUUCGAGGAGCUCAAACAAUAUCUUAGCUCCCUGCCCAUCCUGGCCAAGCCAACUUUCGAGGAGCCGCUUUGGAUUUAUUUAUCAUCCACUGAGUAUGCGAUUGGAUCGGCGUUAGUCAAGCAAGAGGGGGGAGAACAACAACUGGUGUAUUUUUUGAGUCACAUAUUGAAAGAUACUGAGUCUCGGUACACUGGUCUUGAAAAGCUCGCUUAUGCGUUGAUCCUCGCCGCUCGAAGGCUCCGACCUUAUUUCCUGGCCCACACCAUAAUCGUGAUGACCAACAUCGCCUUUGGUCGAGUUAUGCUCAACCCCGAAGCCUCCAGCCGGCUAAUCAAAUGGAUCACUGAGCUCAGUGAAUUUGACAUCCAGUAUCAACCUCGGUCUGCCAUAAAAGCACAAGCCCUGGUGGACUUCGUCGCGGAAGUACAAAAUCCGGAACCUGAGUCCUUAUGGAAGGUGUACGUGGAUGGUUCGUCCGCUCGCCAAGGAAGUGGGAUUGGUAUCUUACUCAUCUCUCCUAGAGAGGACCGGGUGCAAUUAUCCAUUCGGCUGGAUCACUGGACCACCAACAACGAAGCCGAGUACGAAGCGCUCAUAGCCGGUCUGCAAGCUGCUCGACACGUCGGAGCCACCAAAGCCUUUGAGAGGCUCAAGGCCAACUUCCAAGAGGUCACUGUACGCAAGAUUCCCCGAUCGGAGAACCAAAUAGCAAAUGAACUGGCAAAGUUGGCUAGUGCACUAACGCCGAUCGUCACCAAUUGUCCAAUUGAGCAGGUCUCCCUAGUGGCGCACGUGGACCGAGCGGGAGGAAUACCAUUUCUGGAGGAUUGGAGGACACCCAUCGUGAAGUUCCUCCAAUCAAGAGCUCUGACUGGAAAUCACGACGCCGAUCGGAGUUUAAGGAGCCGAGCCGCUAGCAAGGAUAACAGAGAGUAUGGUCAAGAAGUUCAUAUAGCAAACAUCAUAUAUCGGUUCGGCAUUCCACACCGGCUCGUUUUGGACAAUGGGAGGCAGUUCACUGGCCAAGAGCUGAAAGAAUGGUGCGAGGGAUAUGGUGUACAGCAAGCCUUCACCUCCGUGGUCUACCUCCAAAGCAAUGGACAAGCGGAGGUCAUCAACCGAGAGAUUCUCAUAAUACUGCACGUCCGGCUCGAUCACAUGGGAGGUAGUUGGGUGGAUGAGAUGCCCAGUGAAUUAUGGGCGCUGCGUACGACACCCAAAGAGGGAACUGGUGUCACUCCGUUCCAUCUGGUAUACGACGGAGAAGCGGUAGUCCCAGUAGAAAUCGGAGUCGAGUCUGAUCGGGUGUUGCAUUACGACGAAGGAAAUGAGGAGUGGAGGAUGAUGGAACUUGACAUGGUCGAUGAGGUUCGUGACAAGACAGCCGCCCGGCUGACAGCGUACAGGCAAAGGAUGCGGUAA